AACAGAAGUGGGUGUUAUUUUCCAAUACUCAUUUAGAAGAGAAGUCAGUACAGCCCAGACAUUUCAAAAGCAGUAAUCUGAUUUUGCAACACAUCCUCCACACAAACAAACACUUAUAUGUACAUACAAGAGCACAGAAGAGACUGUAUAUAGAGAGAGAUCACUCCACUCAUUCCACUCUUUUUGAUCUGAGGUUCAACUGCACAUAACCUGAGGAGGUGACAGGUCAGGAUGAAUGUACUGGUGAUUUUGUUGCUUGCGCUUCUGCCUGGCCUGUGUGUUACUGAUUGGACAGGAUAUACAAAACGCAUUCAAAGGAAUAUUGCUCUUGGAGCAAAAACAGUCCAAUCUUCUACAAACAUUUUCCUUGGAGCAUCUCACCAUGCUGUAGACGGAAACAGUAAUCCAAAUUAUUUGCUUGGGUCAUGCACUCAUACUAACAUGGAGCAUAAUCCCUGGUGGAGAGUGGAUUUAAUGGGUGUCUACAGCAUAAACAAGGUUACCAUCACUAAUCGCGGAGACUGUUGUGGCGAGUGGAUAUCAGGUGCGCAGAUCCGGAUUGGCAACAGCCUGCAUAGCAACGGCAACAACAAUCAGCUGGCUGCAACAAUUUGGUCCAUUCGAAAUGGAGGCACAGAAACAUAUGAGUUUAAGCCUAUUAAGGGCCGAUACGUCAACAUUGUUCUACCUGGGAUUUUUAAAAUUCUCAUUUUGUGUGAGGUUGAAGUAUUUGCAAAAACGAAAAAGGCCACUUGUGCUCCAGGGUGGUGUACACCAGAGUAGGAUGAUGUUGGAUGAGAAAGUUUAAGCACCAGAACA